AAGGGAUUCAUAAUUACAGAAGGUAGCAUCAUGUUCUUGCUGCAACUUGUCAGCUUUCUUGUGGCUUUAGCCAUCGGUGCAGUUGCCGGGCAGCAGCAGUGCACCAGGCAUUACAAUUUGUUGUCGAAUCAAGUGAUUAACAUAACCAGCCUCAACUUUCCGGGCGCCCUGCCGAGUGGCAGCAGUUGCAGGUUCCGCCUGCGAGCGCCCAGCAAUCAUGUGAUCCAAUUGAACUGCCGCUACGAGCUGUUUCCCGACACUUGCGGCUCGGAGUUUCUGUUCGUCUCACGCGACGGGGACCUGCAGUUCCGCGAUGCCGAACACUACUGCCGCAUGGGUCAGAUCUCGCGAACGUCCAACUUCCAGUCCCUGGCUUUGGCCUACUACUCGAGCAGUGUGCAGAGCCGCCAGCGAGCGCGUCUCAGCUGCCAGGCUGUGGCACGUCCAGCGCCCUGCGACUGCGGCUGGUCGUAUCCCAAUCGAGUGGCCAAUGGCGUGGAGACGGCCAAACACGAGUACCCCUCGAUGGUGGGCCUCCGCGACUUGGCCUCCACGCUGCCCAUCUUCUGUGGCGGCACGAUCGUGAGCGAACGGUUCAUUGUGACCGCAGCCCACUGUACGAGGCGUCAGCCAGUGGCCAGUCGCCUGCUGGCACUUGUGGGGGAACAUGAUCUCAGCACUUCCAGCGAAUCGAUCUAUGCGGUCCAGCAUCGAAUUCGCAGCAUAAUCAAUCAUCCCGCUUACACGGUGACCAACUCUGGAGAUCUCAAUGACAUUGCGCUGCUGCAGACAGCCACGACCAUGGAGUGGUCGAGGGGUGUGGCUCCCAUUUGUCUGCCCAUUCGACAAGCCGACAGCACAUUCAGCUACCAAAACGUGGACAUUGCAGGAUGGGGCACCCUGGGCUUUGCCGCCGCCAAAUCAAACACUCUGCAGAAGGCCACGCUGCUGACCAUGGAGAACUCGGUGUGCCGCCAGCAGUACAACUCGAGCAUCACGGCCAGCCAGCUGUGCACCUACGACGCGAGCGGCCGGGGCCAGGACUCCUGCCAGUACGACUCUGGGGGCCCGGUUAUUCUGCGCCAGCGUGAACGAAUGUAUCUGCUGGGCGUGAUCAGCUACGGGCGGGCAUGUGGACAGUCCUAUGGCAUCGGUGUCAACACUCGCAUCACCUCCCACAUCAACUGGCUGUGGCGCUAUGUGGGUGGUGCGGUUUGUGUGCGUUAAGGAUGUGCACAGCAUUGAUUGCUGCUAAAGUACACACGCACACACACACAUUUAUCUAAAAGUAUAUAAAGCCAUUCCUUGGCUCCUUGCAGCCGCCUCAGCCUUGGGCAUCCAACGUUGUCAUCGCAGUUGUCUUGAGUUUGCCAAAGUGUUGACAAAGGCCUUAAUUUGCAUUUAAAUUAAAAA